UUCAAAUUAAUUGAUGAAAAAAUGGAUGUCAAUCAGGCGAAGCAAGAGCAUCUCCUUGCUUUAAAAGUGAUGCGGCUGACGAAGCCGACACUCUUCACGAACAUGCCGGUGACGUGCGAGGACAGAGACCUUCCAGGUGAUCUGUUUACUCGGCUCAUGAAGGAAGACCCAUCCACUGUAAAAGGAGCGGAGACCUUAAUGCUCGGGGAGAUGCUAACACUGCCUCAGAAUUUUGGUAACAUCUUCCUGGGUGAGACCUUUUCCAGUUACAUCAGUGUACACAACGACAGCAACCAGGUGGUCAAGGACAUACUGGUGAAGGCGGACCUACAGACCAGUUCUCAGCGUCUGAACCUCUCCGCAUCUAAUUCAGCCGUCACGGAGCUCAAACCAGAGUGCUGCAUCGACGAUGUUAUCCAUCACGAGGUCAAGGAGAUUGGAACUCACAUUUUGGUGUGUGCUGUCAGUUACACUACUCAGACAGGGGAGAAGCUAUACUUCAGAAAGUUCUUCAAAUUUCAGGUGCUCAAGCCUCUGGACGUAAAGACCAAGUUCUACAAUGCUGAGAGUGACCUCAGUUCCGUGACGGAUGAGGUGUUCCUCGAAGCCCAGAUCCAGAACAUCACCACCUCACCCAUGUUCAUGGAGAAGGUGUCUCUGGAGCCGUCCAUGAUGUAUAAUGUCACAGAGCUCAACACUGUGACCUUGGGGGACGAGGGGGUAUCCACAUUUGGGAAGAUGUCCUACCUGCAGCCUAUGGACACGCGGCAGUACCUGUACUGUCUGAAACCCAAGCCGGAGUUUGCAGAGAAAGCCGGGGUGAUCAAGGGGGUGACCGUGAUCGGUAAACUGGACAUCGUAUGGAAAACUAACCUGGGGGAGAGAGGACGACUCCAGACCAGUCAGCUCCAAAGAAUGGCUCCCGGUUAUGGAGAUGUGAGGCUCUCUCUUGAGAUGAUCCCAGACACAGUCAAUUUAGAAGAACCGUUUGACAUCACCUGUAAAAUCACUAACUGCAGCGAGAGGACCAUGGAUCUAGUACUGGAGAUGUGCAACACCUGCUCCAUCCACUGGUGUGGUGUGUCCGGGAGGCAGCUGGGCAAACUCAGCCCCAGCUCUUCACUCUCACUCCCUCUCCGGCUGUUAUCCUCCGUCCAGGGGCUGCAGAGUAUAUCUGGACUGAGGCUCACAGACACGUUUUUGAAAAGGACAUAUGAAUAUGAUGACAUUGCACAAGUCUGCGUGGUGUGUCCGUACAUGAACCCGGAAAGCUAGGCCCGCCCCCUGACCUAGCACUUUGCAUCUCGAAGGACCAACUGCGGAGACGUGCACCUCCUUUACCCCUCUCCUUUAACUAACUCAAAGGUGAUCAUGUUUUAAUAUAUGGAAUGUUUUAACUGUUCAGACCCAUAUCCUGAUUUUAAAUGUAC